UAUAAAUACGCCAUUAUACCAGCAUAUUCAGUCCGUUCAAACCAUCGGUCGUAUACACAUGUACUAAGUUAUAUCUCAAACUAACAAAAAUUCUGAUAAAUAAAAAGACAUGCCUAAAUAUAAGUUGACAUAUUUUAAUGCUCGAGCAAGGGGUGAGUUGGCUAGGAUGUUAUUUGUAGCUGCUGAUAAGCCAUUCGAAGACAAGAGGGUCGAAUUUCCCGACUGGCCUAAACUCAAAGAAGGAACACCACAAGGUUCUUUGCCUGUGCUUGAAGUCGAUGGAAAGAUAGAGAUGUGUCAAAGUUUUGCAAUUGCACGUUAUUUGGCUAGAGAAUUCAAAUUAUCCGGAAAAGACAACCAUGAAAACGCCAUUAUUGAUCAGAUUAUAGACACACUAUUGGACAUGUUCGAUCCCUUUGUAAAUAUAGCCUUCAACCCGAACGAAGAAGAAAAAGCAAAAAAGAUGGAAGAGUUUUAUAAAUCGACUGCACCAACAAAAUUAGGCCAGCUGGAAAAUCUCGUUAAGAAAACGGGAAAAGGUGGAUAUGCUGUCGGUUCUGUGCUAUCUCUGGGCGACCUUGCCUUAUACGUUUACAUCGAAAAUUGUGGAUUAGCCGACAAACUGGAGAAAUUUAAACUUCUUGCUGCAAACAGAAAGAAGGUCGAAGAAAUUCCAAGAGUUGCAAAAUAUUUGAAAAGCCGACCUGUGACCAGUUUUUGAAAGUGAAAAAAUGAAUUUUGAAUGUAUUAUUUUUUUCUUCCUUUUUCAAUGCCUAAAUUAGCUAAAAUACAUUAGCUGUUAAAUAUAUUUAUUUAGCUUUAUGUAGCUUAUUUUAGGUGUGAAACCGCUAAAGAGACCAAUAAAAGAAAGCAGACAUAA